GGCAACGCUGCAUCACUGUCUCGUGUUACGAACUACACGAAUUUUGUAAUUAACCUCUAAAAAUCUGUUAACAAUGUUUACAAUGUGUGACUAACUUAUUCUAAUAGUUCUAUGAACCAAGGUAUAAUUGUUCGAAAAUGAUCAACAUGAACAGAAAUUCUCCGAACAUUUUAGUAGUAGGUACACCUGGAGUAGGAAAAAGUUUAAUGUCUGGCCUUUUAUCUGAAAAAACAGGAUUAGAAUGGAUUGAUGUUAGUAAGUUUGCUAUUGAAAACAAAUGUUUAGAAGAAUAUGAUGAAGUAUAUCAGUGUCCUAUUUUAGAUGAAGACAAGUUACUAGAUCAGAUGGAAAAUCUUAUGUGUGAAGGUGGAAAAAUUGUUGAUUAUCAUGGAGCUGAUUUUUUCCCAGAGAGAUGGUUUGACAUUGUUUUUGUAUUAAGGACUAAUAAUACAAUUUUAUAUGAUCGUUUAAAGGAACGAGGCUAUACAGGAAAAAAAUUAGAAGAUAACAUAGACUGUGAAAUAUUUCAAACUAUUUUGGAAGAGGCAAAAUCAGCAUACAAAGAAGAAAUUGUUCAUGAACUGACAAGUAAUAAUAUUAAUGAAGUUAUGGAAAAUGUAAAUAGAAUAUGCCAAUGGAUUGAACAAUGGAAAAUAGAUAAUCAACAGGAAUAAGACA